ACCAUCACUGACACCAGCCCAAUGCGUCGCUCCACCUCCAGCCUGGUCCAUGGACGUUCAGGCCGUGGCGUGAGGCUGGAUGACUACUCCCUGGAGAGGGUAGUGUCUGAGGAGGGGAGACACGGUGGAGGAUGUAGGCACAGGGACAGAAGUCACCGCACCUCACAGCGCUCCCUGACCAGAUACACAGAUGCAGAUACGGGCCUGGGUACAGACCUCAGCACAACGACUCAAUCAGGCGACCUGCCACCCAAAGAGCGUGAGCGGGACAGAGGCCGCACCAAGGACCGUCGUCACCACCAUCACCACCACAGACAUCACAGCUCAAUGGACAAAGAUCGCUAUGGCCCCGACCGCCAUGACUACCCACACAGGCAUCCCCAUGACCGCCACUGGUCCCGUUCACCUAGUGAAGGACCUGAUGGGAGAGGUCACAGACAGGGCAGUAGUUCAGUAAGCGGCAGCCCAGUCCCGUCCACUUCAGGGACCAGCACGCCACGGAGAGGUCGUCGUCAACUGCCACAGACCCCUGCUGUUCCACGUCCACAUGUCACCUACUCUCCCGCUGUUCGCAAGCCCAUCUACGCCCCCCCAGGCCCAGGCCGAUUGCGCUCGCCUUCCCCCCGACACUUCUCCCCACCAGAUCAUGACAGAAGUUACCACCGACCUCCAUCACGCCAUUCCUCUCCGCACCAUGGCGGGUCCUCGUCCAGGCAUGGUUCACCACGCUCACCUCGCCACCAGUCCCCGCACUCACCUCUCCAUGGUUCUCCUAGAUCUCCACACCGUAACCGCUGGAGUGGGCCCCCACCUGGCGACAGCCUGGGCGGGGACGGGUCCUUCUACGAGAGAGAUUAUGAGUAUGAGCGGCACCAUGAGCCACCUGCCUAUGAGCAAAGCCUCUCCCAUGGCAACCCUCAUCCGCACAGUGGAAAUCCUCACCCGCACCCACGCUCACCUAGGACUGCCCGCCAUGGGCCCCCUCCACCCCCACCCACACAUCCGCGUAGGGUACCUAAUGGCUACCGCUCAUCCUCACCGUCCCCACAUAGACGGGGACCAACGGGUGCACCCCACCAACACCACCGGCCUCCCCAUGCCAGAGGCCCCCGCAAGGGCCUUCAUGAACCUUACAGUGAGACGGACGAGGAUGACUGGUGCUAGCGACCACAGAGUAUAAGAAAUACAGACAACAAAGAAGAACAAGAACCAACGCCUCCAGUGCUCUGGCCAAUGAUAUGAAAACUUUUAAUAAAGCAGAGUUGGUAAUGUUUUUCUGGAGGGGUUGGAUAC